UUACAUGAUUUUAGAGGUAUGGGGGGCAUGCAUGUAGAUAUGAAUGUUAAGUUGUUAAACAUGUCAGAUUUGUCAUUUCUUUAUUUAUUAGGGGGUUUUAUGUUUUACAUCAUUUCACUUUCUUGGCUAUUCUGAAAUGCUUUGGUUGAAUAUAUUAUGCUUUGGUUUGCUGAAGUCGAACCUUCACAUGUUCAGCAGCCUUCCUGUGCUGCGUAUGGAUAAUAUUUAUGAGGAUUUAAAUAUUUUGGUAUUGUUUGGUGGAGCUGCAUUUUGAAAAUGUUGAACCUUCAAAGUAGAUGGGUAUCCUUUUGGUUUGGUUUGUUGAAGCAGAACUUUCAAAUUGAUAGAUUGGAUAUUUUUAUAAUUUGCUUUCAUGGAUCCUGAUUUUUGGAAGUGUGAUGGUUGCUUUGCUUGGCUUUACGGAAGCCGAAACUUCAGAUAUUCAGCAGCUGCCCUUUACUGUUUAUUUAUAAUAUUUCUAUGCUUGGGUUUGCUGAAGUACGAAUCCGAGGGGCGUGUUGGCAACUGCUACUACUGCAUUUCUAUGUAUGAAUGAAGGGGAAGGGAGAAAUUUGCAAGUCAUUAUGUUUUUUUGAUGCUUUUGGGAGGGUGUAUUGUAUGAAUGAAAGCUUUGUAUCUUCUUCUUUAAUGCUAUAAUAAAGUUGUGGCCUCCUUUGCCGUGGAUGUAGGUCAUUUUGACCGAACCACGUAAACAUUUGGUGUCCUUUUUUCAUUUUUUUUACUUUCUUUAAUCAAUUUUUUAAUCGAAAACUAUAUUGUUGUGUUUCAUAUCUUUGCUUCGUCGUAGUAGUAACAUGGCUGGUAAGUCUAAAGAACAUGGUUCACCGGCAAUCUGGGAAAAGGAAAUCAAAUUGUUGUUCUGCGACCUCUGUAUCAAAGAAAUUGAGCUGGGCAAUAGACCGACAACCUUUUUCAACAAAGAAGGUUGGAAUAGUAUCAUUAAACAUUUUAAAGACUCCACCGGACGGGAGUACGACAGGCUGCAAAUGAAAAACAAAUGGGAUCAACUAAAGAAAGAUUGGAAAAUUUGGAAGGAUCUAAAGCGUGGUUCAACUGGUUUGGGUUGGGAUCCAAUAAAGCGAACCAUUGAUGCUUCGGAAGAGUGGUGGGCAGAGAGGCUCGCGGUGGUUCCAGCAGCUAAAAAGUAUAAAACAUGUGGGAUUGAACCUGAGUUGGAGGAGAAGUUAGACCAAAUGUUCGGGGGUGUCGUUGCAACAGGGAAAUAUGCAUGCGCUCCAAGCGAGACGGGAUUUGGUGAAACACAGGACAAUGUUGCUGUCAGUUUAUCAGAUGAUUCACCUGAAUUUCCAAGUGCAGGUCCAACUGAGAUUCAAUCUACGAAUCGCUCUAAGCGAUCUAGGUUCGAGAGCAAAAAAAAGGGUGGAGCUGCCACAAUCAGAAACCAGAUAUCAUGCCUAAUGGAUUCUUCCAAUGAUGCCCCCCAUAAAGUACAGAAAACAUCAAUUAAUGAGGUCGUGGCUAUUCUAGAGCAGGAUCCGAGUAUUGCAGCGGAUGAUGAGCUAUACUACUUCGCUGUUGAGCUGCUUCAAGAUUCGGUGCAAAGAGAUUUUUUCACAGCUAUUGCCAAAGAGCGCAGGGUGUCGUAUCUACGACAUUUUUUUGAGUGCAAGAAAAUUUGAAUGGACUUUUUUUAGUUGCUACGUCCUUACUUUAAUAGUUUAUGAGAAGACAUGGUUAUUUGAACUGUUGUUUAAUGAGACUUUUCAGUUUAUUUUGUUUUC